AUGGCAGUUUCUACACAAAUUGCAACAAGCGUGUCUGAACCAUGGCUAGACCUUAGAGGCAAGAUUGUGAUGGUUACGGGUGCAUCCUCAGGUAUUGGCCGGGAGUUGUGUAUCGACUUAGCCAAAGCUGGUUGCAAGAUCAUUGCUGCUGCACGUCGAACCAACAAACUCAAGGCUCUAUGCCAUGAAAUUAACAACAUGGAAAUCUCUAAUGUUCAUGCAAACGAAGGUGAAGCAAUUACACAUGAUGUCUUGGCGGUGGCACUUGAGCUUGAUAUCAGUGCCAAAGGUCCUAUCAUCGAAGCCGUUGUGCAAAAGGCUUGGGCGGCUUUUGGCUGCAUCCAUACUUUGAUCAACAACGCCGGUUUUAGAGGCCCGGUAGAUAGCGCAAUGGAUUUAUCAGAAGAAGAUUGGGAAAAAACCUUUAGAACAAAUCUUAAAGGAUCAUGGUUGGUGUCGAAGUAUGUUUCUCGUCAGAUGCUUGCUUUCAAUCAAGGAGCAUCCAUAAUCAACAUGUCUUCUAUUUCGGGUCUUAAUCGUGUUCAGUUUCCUGGAAGUAUCGCAUAUUCUUGUUCAAAAUCAGCCUUGAAUACCAUGACACAAUUGAUGUCCAUGGAACUUGGGAACCACAAAAUAAGGGUAAACUCAAUAUGUCCUGGCCUUUUUAAAUCCGAGAUUACAAAUGUGCUCUUUCAACAUAAAAAGCUUAAGAACGUGGCCUCAACAAUCAUACCAUUGAGAGAAUUUGGCACUAUCGACCCUGCUUUGACCUCGUUGGUUAGAUACCUAAUCCAUGACUCAUCGAACUACAUCACUGGUAACAUAUUUAUUGUAGAUGUAGGAACCACUUUACCAGGUGUACCGAUUUAUUCGUCACUUUGA